GAGAGGAAAUGGCUGGGCUGCCGGGGCCUUCGAGGUCUGAGUCCUCGGGGACCGGGACGACGGACCAGGCUGGGAAGGCCGAAGGGCAGGCCAAGUCCUCACAGAAAAUUGAAAACUUGAUGGAGAUGGUGAAGAAGUUGCAGAAAGCGGGAAGCCUAGAGCCCAGGGUUGAGGUCCUGAUUAACCGGAUUAAUGAGGUCCAACAAGCGAAAAAGAAAGCCAGUGAGGAGCUGGGAGAGGCCCGGACUGUCUGGGAGACCCUGCAGAAGGAACUGGACUCACUGAGUGGAGAGAAAGUGCGCCUGAAAGAGAUCUUGAGUAAAAAACAAGAGACCCUGAGGAUCCUCCGGCUCCAUUGCCAGGAAAAGGAAAGUGAGGCACAGAGGAAGCAAGCCCUGCUAGAGGAGUGCAAGGAGCGAAUCUGUGCCCUCAACUUCCAGAUUGAGGAAGAGAAGAGCAAACAGAGGCAGUUGAGAUUGGAUUUCGAGGAACAGUUGGAGGAACUGAUGAGCCAGCACAAGGACCUCUGGGAAUUCCACAGUCCAGAGCAGCUGGCCCAGGAGAUUGGCGCCCUGGACAGCAGCAAUGAGCAAUUGCUCAAGGAAGAGAAGCUGGUAGAAGCAAAGCUGGAGGAUGUGAAGAAUCGUCUGUGCUCCCAGUUUGGUACCAAGGGCUGCUCUGCCAUCACUGAGGGGCUCUUCCACAGCACUGAUGGCCCCACCCUCAGGCAUCUGUUUGAGGAGGAGACCAGAAAGGCCCAGGAGCUCCUGGAGGACACUGCCCAGCGCCACGAGCAGCUGCAGGGGGAGUGCCAGCAGCUGCAGCAGAGGAGGCAGAGGUUGAAGGAGGAACUGGAAAAGCUCGGAGUGCAAGUCACUGCUCAAGCCCAGAGCAAACAAGAGGAUGGGGCCAGCCCAGAAGAAGCUGCCAAUCCAAAGCCCCUUGGAGUCAGCGAAGAGAAAGACCCAGAGCUGCCCACUGAGCAGAGCCUGAUACCCUCCUAGGCGAGGAGGUCCCCCCUGCCCUGGAGCUUAUGCCUGGGCUUCAGGAAAUAAAGGCACUAUUUCUGUACACCUGCCUCAGCUGUGUCCACGCUGGGGGGUUGGGGAAGGGGAGGAGAGGCCUCUGGGACUGGGUGAAGCUUUGGCCGCACUCGGCCUCUUGGCCUCAGAGGGCACUCAGUCAAUGGUUCCCUCACCUCCCAGUCUCUGGUCUGCUCACCUCCAGGACCCACUGCUCUGGGUCCCCAGGCAGAGGGAUGCAGACCUGAGACCUCUCACGAUAGGUCUAGGGUCCUGAGAACCCACCCUGUGGUGGUUUCUUCCAUUCCGUAGCCAGGUUUGGAUGACACAGCAUCCCCAAAAUCCCAACAAUGAGGACCAGGGUGCUGGAGACCUCAGCCAGUCAGUGACAUGCCCACACUCACCACUGACUGGCUGAGAAAAAGAAAUGCAGUUGGAGGCUGAGUGUAGUUUGUGCUCUCAUGGGCACAAAAUGUAUCACCGAGACCCUGUUAUAAGAAUAUCAUGUUAGAAACCCUCAGUGUGCUGGGAGACACUCAGGACUAUGUGUGCUUCUGAGGCCUGUUUCAAAUCCACCAAAAUGCAUCAACCCGGUUAAAGGCAGUAUUGUCUGUGCUCCAGGUCAAAAUACAGCAAAUUAAGUACAAAGAGAUUCCUUGUCUUGAAAGGCUCCCAUGCCCAGGUAGGACAGUGAAUGGUGGGGGUGGAGAGAGACCCACACAGGCCCCAGACUGAACAGCACUGUUUCCAUGGAAAAGGAAGAACAGGCCUCAGUGGGAAUUCUCCCGUCAGCAGGAGAGUUGAGGCAUCAAACCUGAAACUGAGACUCGGUUUGAACAACAGGCCCAAUGGCAUCCUUAUCCUAAUCCCAGAACUUGUGACCAUGUUACCUUACCCAGCAAAGGGGCCUCUGAAUAUGUGGUGAGGGUCUUGGGAUGGGGAGACUGUCCUGGGCCACCUGGGAGGAUCCCUACAAGAGGGAGGCAGGACGGUCCGUCAGAGACUGGAAGAUGGUACCACUGCUGGCUUUGAAGCAUGACCUGUUUAUUGAGGACAGUGUGUGCACGGUGUCCGGAGGCCCUGCAUCCCUAGUCGCUCCCCCCUCACUCGCACAGCUGAGAGCGGCUUCCUCACGCCCCUUUACCAUCUUCAGA